UCGAGUCAGCAGGUGGGACGGACGACGGCUGCCGGCUGCCCCGAGAGGGGACCCUAAGGGCCCGACCUGCCCUCAACUGUUUUGCCUGGAAGUGUUACCCAAGUAUGGGGAAACUGUGGCUUGUUUAGACAUGAAGGCCGUUCGUGUUGUGCGUGCACAAAUUGUUGGCUCUGUGUCAGAGUGCCUGAGGGGAGGAGAGAGUCGGGCGCCUGCAGCAGGAGAGAAAAGGGGAGGGUUGAGCACUACUCAGCGGGUUCAGUCCGAAAGACAAAGCUUAGACUUCUUAAAAAGGUUUAGUCAGAUUGAACGGGAAAUACCAGAGACCAGAGCUUGUUUCUACGAAUCUCUGCGCUGUUGCAUUUCACCACAGGUCCUGGAGCGGAGCCAGGUUGUUUUGACGUGUCGGUGCAGAAUGCAGAGCAGCACAGUGCUUCCUCGCAGCCAUGAGUUCUCAGGCGAGCUAUGGCACGGGCAUGCUGUUCCAGAGCAUAAACGAUGACCUCAACGCAUCGCUGGCCACGGCCGACGAGUUAUCCAGAGAGUUUAACUCCAUGCUGGAGGAGGCUUCUUCCAACAACAGAAAUACCACGUCUGGGCCUCAGACCAGCACUGCAAUCACCAGAGACACGGGUCAGUCCACAAGGCUGUCCAACACCCCCGUCACCGCAAAUGAGUCGAGUUUCCGCCGUAACAGCAGCGCCAGCUCUACGCCCUUCUCCCCGAGGUCGACAUCUUUCCAUCCCGUGGACUCAGUCAUCUCCAGCAGUAAAAAGGCCCCCUCCCCCCCGGUCUUCUCCAGCAGCCCACUCUCGUCCCCCAAGAACCUCAGGCAGGCGCGCUCUCCAAUGCCUGGAGCUGGACCCGACAGCUUCUCCUACAGCCAGCCGAGCCCCCCACACUCGCCUCACACUAGGCGCAAUUCCCCCGGUCGCUACGACAGGAGUCCAGGAGGUUCAAUCAGCUACGCAGAUAGAAGCCCUUUGCCGAGCCUCUCAGCCGCUCCCCUUGACCAGUCGCCCCGCCAAGCGUCGCUCCACUCCCCCACCAACAUGCUGAGCCCUUACGACAGUGGCCAGAAGGGACGCAGGUCGCCUCGCCCGGACAGAAACCCCUCUCCUCUGUCAUUCAAUCAUGCGAUGUCCAACACGAUCCCUCGUAACUUUGGUACCAGGAAACCUGAAGAGGGCGUGCAGCGGCAAAAGAGUCCUAGCAAGUGGAACGAGACAGAUCUGGACAUGUCUUACGAGAGAAAACCUCACCACACCUAUGACAAGACAGAGUGGCUGCGGCCAUCUGUGCCAAACAGCGGCUGGAGAGAAUCCAACCUCGACGGCCCUCCUCCAGGCUCAAGCCUCAAAAAGGACCCUCGCUCCCCAUCUCUCCAGUUUUCCCAAAGCUCUCUUCCCCGCAACGCACGUAUAUCAGUACCUCCAGAUGUUUCAUCCCCAGCCCUCUCCCCUUACACCAUUCAGCCCAUCAUCUCCCGUAUUUCAAUACCCCCAACUUCUACCGAGUCCCGUCAGCGCAGACCCAUCCCUCUCUCCGUCAUCAUGCGUCUCCAGAACCCCCAUUGGGUAGGGAACACAAGACACCAGCCCAGGGUUGUGGGAGGAGAAGGGGACAUGACACCUUACCAACCGGCUGUACCGUUCCCGAGGGAAUUCUUCCACCAAUUUGUGCCCCAGCCUCAGCUACACCCACCUGAGCUGAGACAGCCGGCCAUAUACAGCGAUGUGCUGAAAUCGGGCGAUAUAGAUGCAGAGUUAGAGCGGCUGGACUACAUUCAUCACAUACCUGUGGUCCAGGAGAAUCCCACAUUGAGAGAGAGGGAGCAGGCCGUAGCGCCCGCUCCACGGCCCCUGAGCCCCACCAGGCUGCAGCCAGUGGUGGCCCCUGAGGCCCAGAUCCAGGAGAUCCCUGACCUGGAGGAGCUGCUCCGUAUCCGGGCAGAAAUACCCCGGGCGCUGAAGAGACGGGGCUCCGUGGACCAGUCGCAGUCCAUGAAGAGGGCCUCGCAUUACGAGCCGAACCAGUACAAACAUCUCAUUGACAAGCUGUUUCGCAGGAAGGAGCGCCGCAGGAAGGGGGAGAAAGGUAGCGAGACCAGUAGCUCCUCAGACGGAGAGGACUGCGCUACACCUCCGGCCCCUGUCCCUCAGACAUCCACACUGAUUCCCCACGACUUCAAAAGCUACCAUUCCAUUCUGCGGCGGUCCAGUCGGGAGCGCAAAAAGACUGGGAAUCGAGCUCGGCUCAGCCCACUGGUCCUGCUGCUGGACGGAGCUCUGGUCGGAGAACUGGAGACAGUGAAGAGAGCGGUGCAGGAGAUGAACGACCCGAGCCAGCCAAAUGACGAAGGCAUCACCGCCCUUCACAAUGCCAUCUGCGGGGGCCAUUACAAUGUGGUGGACUUACUUGUUCGCAUCGGAGCCAACGUCAGUGCACCAGACAGCCACGGCUGGACUCCACUGCAUUGUGCCGCCUCUUGUAACGACCGUCCCCUGUGUGAGUUCUUGGUGAGGAACGGGGCGGCUGUCAUGGCCAUGACGGAGAGCGACGCCGCUAUCGCCUCCCAGAAGUGUGAUCCUUACGCUGCCGGGUUUGACGAGUGUGAGAGCUUCCUGAAGGGUGUGCAGGAGGCCAUGGGGGUGGAGAACAGCGGGGUGCUGUACGCUCUCUGGAGCUACCCAGCUCAGGCAGCCGAUGAGCUGAGCUUCAGAGACGGAGACAUGGUCACUAUCCUGCAGAAACCCGAGGGGUCGGGCUGGUGGUGGGCCUCGCUCUGUGGCAGGGAGGGAUUUGUUCCAUUCAACUACUUUGGGCUUUUUCCGAAGGUUCGACCAAAGUCUCUCUGCUAAGUGGCCUCCAGAUGAUCAGAGGGCCGUGUGUUACAGCCUCACAACUGUUGUUUGAGAAGAUCCUGUCCGUCUGAUUAUGGCAAGGAUAUUGCUGCUGCCGGGAACGAGAAAUGUUUUUGAUCUGUCAUUCAAGGAGAGAUGAAGGAGAAGUCUCAGUAUAUUCAAUUUACCGAAUGAGGAUGAAUCUUCAUAGAUGACGUAAUUUUUUUUUUACCUUAUCUGCUGUAGGAAUUUUUUCUCUUCUGUUGAGCUGUGCCUGUCUGUCCUGUGAAAUCUAAAAAAAUGGUGCGGCUUCAGUCCGAGCGAGCAACAACAAAAAAAUCCCCCUGCUUGCUACCGGAGCAGAGUCGCCAGCUACUGCAUCAAAGAAGCGUUGAACACUCGUCGGGGAAUGAGAGCGGUGAUGAGUCGACGCGGAGCUGUUGGUUCUUUUAUUAUAUUCUUCAUUGUUCUUUUAUAAUAGUCAUGUAAGCCUCUACUGUCACUGUCUCCGAAAGGAGGUUUUUGGAUUACAUGUUCUCCCCGUGACGGCAUGGGGUUUGCCCCGGGUUCUCCUGCUCCCUCCUCCAGUCCAAAAACAUUCCGCUUAGGUAAAUUGGUGUGAAUGUGAGCGUGAAUGGUUGUUUGUCUCCGUAUGUCGGCGCUGCGAUAGGCUGUCGACAUGUCCAGGGUGAACCCCGCCCCUCGCCCAGUGUCAGCUGGGAUUGCCUCCAGCCCUCCUUCGACCCCUCAAAGGAUAAGCGCUUUAGAAGAUGGAUGGAUGGAUGGAAAGCCUCUAUGUGCAUGUCACUGUUUUUUGGUAAUUGAACAUUAGAUGUAAGUGUUAGUCUCCAUGGCCACUGGAACUACUUUGUGAAGCCAAUCUUCCGACCACUGUGGCUGAUUGAUCCUGCCACACAUUCCUGACCGCGACAGCACAGAUGUGACGUUUGACGAGCGACGCUUUCCUACAAGUGUGGCUGUAGGCUUGACACACAGUAUUUUGGAAUCAGCCACACGGCAAGAGGUCACUGUCACGCGAGCGAGCGUCCGGCUUGUUUCUGCUGGGCCUCAGUCCUUGUACAGCACUGUUGGUCCCCUGUUGUAUUUUUACGCUGCCUGUGAUAGAAAUGAAUCUGGUUGGAAAGAGCGUGUGUUUUUCUGUGACAGGGAAACUGGCCCUAUUUGUGGAUUCACUGUGGUAGAGUGAGUAUUUGAUGAAGCAUUAUUUUUUCUCUAUGCAAUGAGUGUCCAAUGUAAGACGGUUGUCACAAAAGGGACUGCUGUGCACCGUCUCCCCUCACAGGGGCCACGCAGUGAUUACAUAUUUAGAUACUCAAUAAAUAAACAAGCUACAUCUUU